UCGGAUUACCCUCGAGUUUAUUCAAACGAACAAAUAAACCAAACUAUAAAAAACACAGCAUCAUCAGCGCCUUCUUGCGGAAAUAUUGCGUAACUUUAGUAUAACGAAAAGAUCCUUAGGUGCAUAAUUAUAUUCGUUGAAAGGGGCCAAAAAUGGCUUCACUCUGUGGAAGGAUCGUUUCAUCUUCAGCCAGAAAACAUGUUCUAUCUAGUAGUUACCGUUUCGCCUCCAAAGUUACCAUGGGUGAUCCACUUGAACAUGCAACGGGUUUAGAAAAACGUGAAUUAUUAGCUAAAGUAGCCGGUAAUGAAAACCCCUUUGACAUUAAAGUAAUCAAAAGAGGUCCUGGUACCAAAGUCUCCCCCAACGAAAUCCCUUCAGCUUUUGACGCCCGUUUAGUGGGUUGUGUUUGUGAAGAAGAAGCAACCAGCAUUAACUGGAUGUGGCUGCACAAAGGAGAGCCUAAGAGAUGUGAAUGUGGCCAUUGGUUUAAUUUGGUGCACAAAGCACCUGUAUAAAUAGCUUAACUAAAUGUCCUUUUAGAGUAUGAUAGUGCA